CGUGACUGGUGCAGGAGCAGAGACAGCACACGGCUUUCUGACGCGGACCGUCAUUUUCAAAGCCGCUUUUACACCAACUACCAACACUUUUUGCCCUCCACUAAUCAACUAUGUCCACCGCACGCACAAUAAUCUGUUUGCUGAGAAACGACCUGCGCGUUCACGACAACGAGCUUUUCCACUGGGCUCAGAAAAAUGCAGAGCACAUAGUUCCUCUGUACUGCUUCGACCCCAGACAUUAUGUGGGAACUUACAACUACAACCUGCCAAAGACGGGGCCUUUCCGCCUGCGCUUCUUGUUGGAGAGUAUCAGAGACCUCAGAAACACACUCCUCAACAAGGGCAGCAAUCUGGUGGUGAGGCAGGGUAAGCCAGAGGAUGUAGUCGCCGACCUCAUCAAGCAAAUCGGCUCCGUUAGCAGUGUGGUUUUCCAUGAGGAGGUUGCUUCAGAAGAACUGGAUGUGGAGAGAAGGGUGAAGGAAGUGUGCAGUCAGAUGAGGGUGAAAGUUCACACCUGCUGGGGCUCCACGCUGUACCACAGAGAUGACCUGCCAUUCCCGCACAUAUCCAGGUUGCCUGAUGUGUACACUCAGUUCAGAAAGGCAGUGGAGAGCCAGAGCACGGUGAGGCUGGUGCUCCCGACCCCCGACAGGCUAAAUCCCCUUCCCCCCGGGUUGGAAGUAGGAGCUAUUCCAUCAGCAGAGGACCUGCAGCAGACUGAGCCUGUGACUGAUCCUCGCUCAGCUUUCCCUUGUAGUGGCGGAGAGAGUCAAGCACUCGCCAGGCUUAGGCACUAUUUCUGGGGCACCGAUGCAGUUGCAGCAUAUAAAGAGACUCGUAAUGGCUUGAUGGGAGUAGAUUAUUCCACCAAGUUUUCACCUUGGCUGGCGAUGGGUUGCAUUUCUCCAAGGUAUAUUUACCAUCAGAUCAAACAGUAUGAGCUGGAACGGACAGCCAAUCAGAGCACCUACUGGGUCAUUUUUGAGCUUUUGUGGAGGGACUACUUCAAAUUUGUGGGCAUUAAAUAUGGAGACAGGAUGUUUCAGAUCAAAGGCCUUCAAGAUAAAUCUGUGCCAUGGAAAAAGAACGUGAAGCUAUUUGAUGCAUGGAAAGAGGGACGCACAGGGGUGCCCUUCGUGGACGCCAACAUGAGAGAGUUGGCCAUGACGGGCUUCAUGUCCAACAGAGGGCGACAAAAUGUUGCCAGCUUCCUCACAAAGGAUCUGGGCUUGGACUGGAGGAUGGGAGCCGAGUGCUUCGAAUACCUCCUGAUUGAUCACGAUGUCUGCAGCAACUAUGGCAACUGGCUUUACAGUGCUGGCAUAGGAAAUGACCCCAGAGAGAACAGGAAGUUCAACAUGAUCAAACAAGCCCUCGACUAUGACAGUAAUGGUGAUUAUGUGCGACAGUGGCUACCCGAGUUGAGGGCCAUUAAAGGAGCAGACGUGCACACACCUUGGAUCCUCAGCUCUGCUGCGCUGUCACAUGCUGAUGUGUCGCUGGGCGAGAGUUACCCAACCCCCAUCGUCAUGGCGCCCGAGUGGAGCAGGCACUUUAAUAAGAAAGCGGGUGGCGCAGGGCCCUCAUCAAGAGGAAAAAGGGGCCCGUCUCACACUCCCAAACAGCAUCGGGACCGAGGCAUCGACUUCUAUUUCUCUAAAAGCAAACACCUGUGAUGAGUUUCAAAGUAAACAUGGAGCAAGUGGCCUAUAUGCGAAGAACUGAUACCUCAGAGAUUUAAAAUUAGCUUUCUUUGGUAAAAUGUGACUUGCACAUACUGUGUACCGGUAAUAGUUGAUUAUGGGAAGUUGUUUGAUGAACUUGAGGAAGUGCUUCUUUCCCAAAGCAUAUUACAUGUAACCUAAGUCACGAAUAAUCUCUUCUCAGCAGUUCGUGCUAUGCAGCUUCGGGAGUCACGAAAGCCCCAGUGAGGGUUUGUUUUGAUCAGGCAUAAUGACCUGUCCGCUGCUGUUUUCUAUGUAUUUCUUUCUUUCUGCUGUUGCUGUUUCUUUUUAUGAGUGUACUAGCUCUAGUUUGUUAUAUUUGAAGUAAACUACUAA